GGGCGCUUCCGGUUUCCGGCCGCGGGAUGAGGGGCGGGGCCGGGGCUGCUGUGGGAGAGUUGGGUUGCUGCGGCGGGGCCUGCACGCUGACUGUGGGAAACUCGGAAACAAGCUCACAUCUCCCUGUGGGAAACCUUCUAGCAACAGGAUGAGUCUGCAGUGGACUGCAGUUGCCACCUUCCUCUAUGCGGAGGUCUUUGUUGUGUUGCUUCUCUGCAUUCCCUUCAUUUCUCCUAAAAGAUGGCAGAAGAUUUUCAAGUCCCGGCUGGUGGAGUUGGUAGUGUCCUAUGGCAACACCUUCUUUGUGGUUCUCAUUGUCAUCCUUGUGCUGUUGGUCUUCGAUGCCGUGCGCGAAAUUCGGAAGUAUGAUGAUGUGACCGAAAAGGUGAACCUCCAGAACAAUCCUGGGGCCAUGGAACACUUCCACAUGAAGCUUUUCCGUGCCCAGAGGAAUCUCUACAUUGCUGGCUUUUCCUUGCUGCUGUCCUUCCUGCUUAGACGCCUGGUGACUCUCAUCUCGCAGCAGGCCACACUGCUGGCCUCCAAUGAAGCCUUUAAAAAGCAGGCGGAGAGUGCUAGUGAGGCGGCCAAGAAGUACAUGGAGGAGAAUGACCAGCUCAAGAAGGGAGCUGCUAUUGAUGGAGGCAAGUUGGAUGUCGGGAAUGCUGAGGUGAAGUUGGAGGAAGAGAACAGGAGCCUGAAGGCUGACCUGCAGAAGCUAAAGGACGAGCUGGCCAGCACUAAGCAAAAACUAGAGAAAGCUGAAAACCAGGUUCUGGCUAUGCGGAAGCAGUCUGAGGGCCUCACCAAGGAGUACGACCGCUUGCUGGAGGAGCAUGCAAAGCUGCAGGUCAGCCCUCCCGUAUUGCUGCGCCCAGGGCAGGAGAGCAGAACAGGAUGAGGCAGCCCCUGUGGGUGCGGAGGGAACCUUCCAGGGGCCGGCUGCCCUCUCCCCCACUCCCCCUGGCCACCUCUGCCCUACUGAGUGGGACCCUUCACCGGGCAGGAGAGGGGUGGCCUGGCAGCAGAUGUAGGCACUUGCCGAGGCGGCCCUCAGGAGUGGCACUGGCUCACUAGGCUCUGAGCCUUCCUACCUUCGUUCUCAGGCUCAGUCCAUGGUUUGGGGCCCGGUCAAGAGCAAAGAAGCAGGUGAAACUCUGGGACCCACUGCUGGCCUUCUUUCCUAGAGUGCUGGGGGGUGACGUAGGGCAAAGAUCUCUGGGCAAGUGAGGGCACAAGGUGUCAAAAAGGCACCUCCCCUAGCAGGUGCUAGUUGUGGCCAUCACCUGCUGCCCUAGGCCUGAUCCGAGUCCUCAGACUAGCUUGGGUGCACCAGGCCGCAUCUGGAAGCCCAGGUGGUCUUGACGUUGGGAGUGAGGGCCACAUAAAUACUCCUAACUUUGGACAGCUGGCCUCAGUGCUUGGUGGCCCAAGUUUGGGCACCACAGCAGGUGGGGAGGAAGGGUCCAGCCUCAAAGGGGGCACCCAUGCCCUCUGUAUAGGGCAGGCUUGGCAGGCGGGACUUGGGCUUCGAGGGCACCUGUCAAAGGUGUGCAGAGUUGGGAAGGGCCUGAUCAGGUCUUGAAGGGGACUGGAUGCCUUGCUGUUCUCUGCAGCCAGGACUCAGCCCCCAGUGAGGUCCUGGCAGUCCUGCCUGGCUGGCGUUAGGUCCAGGGCUUUCCCUAGAGUGUGGGCCAGUGCUGACGCUCCCACCCUGGCAGGCCUUUGGGUGCAGCUGGGGAGGGGCCCCUUGCUCACUUGAAUAGCUGUCGUUAGGAGAGAGGGGAACUGAUUUGGACCUCUGGGGCAUGGGGCUGGAGGUGGCAGGGGAGGAGUGGACCCGGCCAACCUACUGCUGUGGGAUUUCUGUCCCUUUCCAGGCUGCAGUAGAUGGUCCCAUGGACAAGAAGGAAGAGUAAGGGCCUCCUUCCUCCCCUGCCUGCAGCUGGCUUCCACCUGGCACGUGCCUGCUGCUUCCUGAGAGCCUGGCCUCUCCCUCCAGUACUUCUGUUUGUGCCCUUCUGCUUCCCCCAUUCCCCUCCACAGCUCAUAGCUCGUCGUCUCAGCCCUUGCCCACACUCUCCAAGCACAUUACAGGGGACCUGAUUGCUACACGUUCAGAAUGCGUUUGCUGUCAUCCUGCUUGGCCUGGCGCAGCCCUGGCUUCCAUGCCUGAGCGUGGAGGGCACGAGUUAGUUGUAGUCCGGCUUGCGGUGGGGCUGACUUCUUGUUGGUUUGAGCCCCUUUUUGUUUUGCCCUCUGGGUGUUUUCUUUGGUCCCGCAGGAGGGUGGGUGGAGCAGGUGGACUGGAGUUUCUCUUGAGGGCAAUAAAAGUUGUCAUGGUGUGUA